AGAGAAACCAUGUCUGACAAUGUUUUUAAUACGAAUUAAUAAAUAAAACAAUUUCUGAAAAAAACCACAGAAAAGAUCAACAAUAAUUGAGUCAUUUUAGUUUUCAACAGAGAACCGAGACAAUAUGUUAAAGAACUUAGAAAUGGUGUCAAAACCAAACCGAUAAAGUGUAAGAGGAAAGACUGCAAACAGAGCUCAAAGCUUGGCAUAUUUUUGUUUCACAUUCAUUUUUCUGACUUAGAUCUGACUUAUUAUAUGCGGUUUCUGUUUGUUGUGAUAUUUGAGAACUUGACAGCAGUUGAACGACUUUAAAACAUGAAAGCUGAGAAAAAUCAAAAAUACAAAAGUUGCAGAAAGUAGUUCAUGAGAUACACGAAUGACGUGUAGUACAUGCAGUACAAGCAGGAACCCACAUGGGUCCGUACCAGCAGAAACUGGUUCUUCGCAGUUUUCCGUGCGACCUGUGAUGGCAGCAGAGUUCACACCGUGGUCCAGCUGGGAUCCAUUGACUCUCAGUCUUGAUCCGUGAUCACUUCUGCUGUUCUCUAUCGAUAAUGGUGCUCGUGUUCGACUCUGCGUGACGUCUGUCGGUGUCGGUCCGGUUUGAUCUGGUUUCUGGGUCUGGCCACUUGUUCCGCAACUUUUCUGACUCAGUGUGAAGCCUACGUGUCGGGUUAACUGUUAGCAUCUGCCCGUUAAGCUUCUUUGAGCUGCAUCGCUUUAAACAUUUCCCCCUUAAGAAUCUCGGUUGCAAACCGAACCCUCACGCUACCGUCCGGGCUGAAUUGUGGUCUUAGCACUGAGGCUAGUUAGCUGUUUUGAUUCACUUAGUACGGCAGCUAAACCAACAGGCUAACUAUUAGCCGUAGUUAGCAGCUAGCAGUUAGUCUUGUCUUCCUCCAUCCGCUUCAUGCCGGCGAUGCUGGAGAGAAACCCGGAGGCUCCGGGAAAAAGGAGGGGCAGAGCCCCGGCGGGCAGCGGUACCGGUGGCAAUGGAGCAGCACCAACUACUGGCGCAAAGACCGUGUCCGGUAAUGGAACCAGCACCAACAGCUGCUGGGAAGAAGGAAGUUCAGGCUCCAGUAGCGACGAGGAGCAUGGGGGAGGAGGUAUGAGAGUCGGACCACAGUAUCAGGCUGUCGUUCCGGACUAUGACCCGGAGGUGGCCCAAGCGGCUCAGCUCAGAGAAAACCUGGGGAUGUUGGUCUGGAUUCCAAGCAGCUGCCUGAACCAGACUCAGUUAGACGAGUACAUCACCAUUGCUAAGGAGAAACAUGGAUACAACAUGGAGCAGGCCUUGGGGAUGCUCUUCUGGCACAAACACAACAUUGAGAAGUCACUGGCUGACCUGCCAAACUUUACUCCCUUUCCUGAUGAGUGGACGGUGGAGGACAGAGUCCUGUUCGAACAGGCCUUCAGCUUCCAUGGGAAGAGCUUCCACCGCAUCCAGCAAAUGUUACCUGAUAAGUCAAUGGCUAGUCUGGUUCGGUUUUAUUACUCCUGGAAGAAAAGUCGCAGCAAAACCAGCUUGAUGGACCGUCAGACCCGAAAACACAAGCGGGAGCGAGAUGACAGUGAUGAUGAAGUUGAAGAUGGAAAUUUACCAAGUGACCCAGAGUUGGACCAAAACACCAAGAAGGAGGUCAGUUCUGGAUCAGAGCGGUCAGACGUUAAACCAGCAGCUGGACUGAAGACAGGGAAGGCGUCCCAGCGGAUGAAAAAACGUCCGCCCAGAGGAAUGUUUCUGAACCAUCAGGACGUUGUCUCUCUGUCGUCUUCAACUGCUCAGGGUGUCAUUAGACACCUGGACAGUCAGCUGGUGUCCAUUAAGAGACAGAUUCAGACGAUCAAACAGACAAACUCGGCUCUGAAAGACAAACUCAGCUCAGGCAUUGACGACUUCAGACAGCCUGAGGUAAAUCAGAAGUUUAACACUCGUUGGACGACAGAGGAGCAGCUGCUUGCUGUGCAAGCUAUCAGGAAGUAUGGGCGGGACUUCCAAGCAAUCUCCGAUGUGAUUGGUAACAAGUCUGUGGUGCAGGUGAAGAACUUCCUGGUAAACUACAGGCGCAGGUUCAACCUGGACGAGGUUCUUCAGGAGUGGGAGGCUGAGCAUGGGAUGGAGGCGGGGGAUGCGGGUGGGGAGGAAGAAAGGGUGGAGGAGAAGAUGGAGGUGUGUCCUGGAGAGGAAGAGGAGGUUGCUGCCAAGGAUACAAAGGAGGACUCAUCUCCUGCUGUGGACUCCCUGAAGCCUCUGGCCUCCUGAGAUCCUAGGACUACUUCCCUAAAUGAUUUGUCCAUGCCUACUUUUGUUUGUCUACGCCCCUUUGAAUGUAUAACAUUGUAUUGUUUAAUUUUUUUGAUUGAUCUUCAAUUCGACAGUGUGGGACGUGUCAAUCAGGUGUAAGAUAUAAGGUUUGGAUUCUGAACUGUAUUUGUUUUCAUCAAGGUUCUUUUCACCAGUCAGAAUCUAAGAUGUCAGUUGUCAAUCAACUUUGUAUAUUCUGUUUUAAGAGGGAGCUUUAAUUAGAUUUAAACAGGUUUCUUUCUGGUGGGGGUUUUGGUCAAAGAUUUCACAGGUUAGCGGGCGUGUCCUGGCCUGUUGACGUCAUCCUGGGUUUUUCAUUUCAGAACCUUUUAGAGAAGUGACAAUAAAACCAAAGUUUAUAAGUAAACAUGA